AUGGCGGCGGCGAUCGGGAGGUGUCGAGGGAGCGAUCCCCAUUUCCCGCGGGAUCCCUCCCCCGGAGCGGAUCCAGGACAGGAUCCCAGCAUGGAGGAGGUGGAUUCCCGUUUCCUGCACCUGCUGCAGCCCAUCCGGGACCUCACCCAGAACUGGGAGGUGGACGUGGCGGCGCAGCUCGGGGAGUACCUGGAGGAGCUGGAUCACAUCUGCAUUUCCUUCGACAACGGCAAAACCACCAUGAACUUCAUGGAGGCGGCGCUGCUGAUCCAGGGAUCCGCCUGCAUCUACAGCAGGAAGGUGGAAUAUCUCUACAUGCUGGUCUGCCAGACACUGGAUGGCAUCUCCAACAAAAGGAGGGAGAAGCUCCCCACUUCCCUGGGCCCCGACGGCCGGGAUGCCGACGCCACCUUCGGGGACAAGGAGAAGGAGUUCCUGUCCCUGGAUGACAUCCCAAGGAACAGCCAGGACAGCGUCAACAUGAGGAGGAGUCAGCAGCUUGCUUUCCUGUCCCUGGAUGACAUCCCAAGGAACAGCCAGGACAGCGUCAACAUGAGGAGGAGUCAGCAGCUUGCU